CCACUGUCCACCCCUUCCUCCGUUUCCUUGUGGUCUUUGGCUGCUAAUCUCGUCAAGCUCUAGCUGUGCACUAUGCCAGACGCAUUCUUUGCCUCGUCGAAAAACAGGAAACGAAAACGGCCCACAACUCGCGACGAUGGACCCUCCACCUCGAAGAAGGCCGCGCGCGGCGUAAACGCAAAGGGCGGCAAGGGUCGCAAGUCGGAACCCCCAGCGAAGAAGAAACGGAGCGCAGGGGACGAGGAGCUGUCGGACGAGACGCAUGACGACGCCGACCGCGAGGGCAUCGACGAGAUGGACCUGCGCGCGCCGGACGUCGACCCUAACGCGUACGAGAGCGGCGAGGAGGAUGAAGACGAGACCCCCGCGGAGAAGCGUCUGCGGCUCGCGAGGCUGUACAUAGACAGCGUGAAGCAGGGAUUGUCAUUAGCGGAUGGUGAGGUCGACGCAGCGGAGAUCGACCGCGAGCUCAUCUCGGCGCGACUGAAGCAAGAUGUAAUGGAGCACUCCGGGAAGAUGCAUUUGUUCGUCGCGGACACAUAUGACCUCGCGCAACCGCCAUCCCUCCGUACAAAACGCGGCCACCGGUUCUCAGUAACUUAUGCCGUCGCUUCCCAAGACGGGCGCUGGCUGUACUCUUCCGGAAAAGAAGGCUCGAUCAUCAAGUGGGACCUGCACACCGGCCGACAAGCGCACACGUUCCACAAGUGCCGCGUCGACAAGGGCAAGGGAAAAUCUCGGGAGCCCAUAGACGCAAAUGGGCAUACGGACGAGAUCUGGGCCAUAGCCGUCAGCCCGGACGGCAAGUACCUCGCCAGCGGUGGCAAGGACAAGCGGGUCGGUAUCUGGGACGUGGAGAAAAACGAAUGGGUCAAGGGAUUCAGUGGACACCGUGACUGCAUAUCCGCCCUCGCGUUCCGCAAAGCGGCGCCAUCCCUACAAACACCAACACAACUAUACACCGGGUCAUACGACCGCACACUGAAGCUGUUCGACCUCUCCACGAUGGGCUACGUCGAGACGCUGUUCGGUCACCAGGCCCCGGUCACCGCUAUAGACACGCUUCUCGCGGAGACUGCUGUCAGCGCAGGAGGCCGCGACAAGACGGUGCGGUUUUGGAAGGUACCCGAGGAGACGCAGCUGGUGCUCCGGGGCGGCGGCGGCAGCAAAUGGUACGACGACCUGGACGGGAUGGACGAGGACGGCGACGCAAAACGGAAGCGGGAAGGCGCGAAGGCGGAGAGCUUUGUCGAGGGAAGCAUCGAGUGCGUGGCGAUGAUCGACGAGAGCAAUUUCGUAAGCGGAGGCGAUAGCGGCUCGAUCAGCCUGUGGUCGACACAAAAGAAAAAGCCUGUGUACACCAAGGCUGUCGCGCACGGGAUGGAUUUCUCGCACGUGGAGACGGAAGACGUCGCGAUGGUCCGGAAGCCGCGCUGGGUGACCGCGCUCGCGAGCCUGCGCUACUCUGACCUCUUCGCUUCCGGUUCAUGGGACGGCGAAGUCCGCCUGUGGAAGCUCGACGCGAGACUCAAGUCGUUCUCGCCCAUCGGGGCGAUCUCCGUGCGCGGCGUCGUGAACUCGCUGCAGUUCCUGACGCCCCCGAAGGACUUCGCGAGCACCGCCCCGUGGGCAGCUGCUCCGGCGCCGGCUCCCGAGGCGGACGAGCCCGAGGCGCCGGCGCGGAAGGCGAAGCACGGCGGGGCUCCGGUCCUGCUCGUCGCGGGCGUGGGGCAGGAGACACGGCUCGGACGGUGGGUGCAGCAGAAGGGCGAGGGCCAUGUGAACGGCGCGGUCGUGUUCGCGCUCCAUCCUCGGACAUAGUGCGUAGUGGCUGUGCUUUGUGACGCGUUGGCUACAAUUUCUGCUUCGACCCAACAUCAUGACCACCUGCUCGACGAUCUUCCAUGAAGUCUCAUGUGUGCUAUACUCUGCUG